CCACAGGUGAAUUUCCUGACGUCAUACAGGAAGUGAAUAGAGGGACGUUGGAGUUUCUGCUUGUUUGUUGUUGAUCAGUGUGUCGAAAAAUUACGGUCUGUGAUUUAUUGAAAGGGAAACGUCUGAUACAGCAGAGAGAUGUGCACUUUUGAUAAGGACAAAGGGCCAAGGAGGCUGAUGAAAAAGGGAUUAACUCUCAUCCUGGUCGGCCAUAUUAAUUUCAUCCUUGGAGCUAUUGUCCAUGGCAACGUUCUCCGCCACAUUUCCAAACCCAGCCAGCAUAUCACCACUGAAUACACUGCAGCCAACAUCAUUUCCGUCACCUCUGGCCUGCUGAGCAUUGCCACUGGGAUUAUUUCCAUCGUGGUGUCAAGGAACCUUCAUGUGUCAAAACUGCAAAUAGGACUUCUAAUUGCAUCAUUCCUGAAUGCCCUGCUCUCAGCAGCAUGCUGCACUGGGCUCAUCUUGGCUAUUAGUGUCACUGUUGCCCACAAUGGGCAGGGCUUGAUGCUGGGAUGCAAUGAUACACAGGUGCCCAUCAACGCUCGGUCACCUGUCAGUGUCAGAUGCCCGUUUGAUACAACACGAAUCUAUGACACCACCCUGGCGCUGUGGAUCCCUUGUGCUGUAUUGGCAGCGUUUGAGGCUGGACUGUCUGUCUGGUGCUUCAUUGUUGGAUUGACUCUCAGAGGGCUGGCCCCCUGUGGGAACAGCUACAUCAAAGAGCAGUUGGAGGAAGAAGCUCAGUGCUCUCCCCACAGCCGACACCUGAUUGAACAGCGCACUGAUGCAUAACUGAACAAAAUGCAGGAAUGACACCACUCCAUGUAGACAAGCACAGCUAAAUCCCAAAAGCCAUUGCUGCACCUCUUUUCAGACUAGUCAAUUUUUCCCUAUAAGUCAGCUAGGUAAGUGUCACUGUGGAACAACAGUGAAAUCAGUUGAAGAAACUGCUUCUUGCUUUGCUGUUUCAUAUAGCCACAUAACCUGAUUCACAGAUGGGCACCAAAUGGCUCUAUGCGUACAUUUACUAACAAAACUGUAUGUCUUGUCUGAAGCUGUGAGCAGUAUACAGUUGGGUUAGAGUCAGCGUCCGUACCUGAUGAAACCCAUCGAUGGUAAACGUUUCAGCAGGUGCAGAUUCUUUUGUGCAGAUAUUGGGAUUCAGUGUUCAAAUGAAUGUGUGGAAGCUACAUUGAGAUGGAAAUCUGAAUCCAUCCAUUUGGGAUCACCAAAUAUGUCACGCUAAGAAAUGUAUUUCAAUAUGAUGAAACCUAUUUUUCUAUCUAGCAAAAUUAUGUUUUUGAUUAGAUUAGUUUUAUCUUAAUUAAGGUGUAUUUUUGCUUGUAUGAACUCUAAUUUCAUCAAAAUGUAUUUUAUUGUUCUAAAUGCUUUUCAUUUUUUAAUCCACUCCAACCAUACUCGUCAGUGUUUGCCUACAUAUAAAGUUAAUGCCCACAAAUAA